CUUCAAUGGCUUUUAGACAACUAUGAAACUGCAGAAGGAGUGAGCCUUCCAAGAAGUACCCUUUACAACCAUUACUUACGACAUUGUCAGGAACACAAGUUGGAUCCGGUCAAUGCUGCCUCCUUUGGAAAACUCAUACGAUCAAUCUUCAUGGGAUUACGGACCAGAAGACUUGGAACUAGGGGGAACUCCAAAUAUCAUUACUACGGGAUUCGUGUCAAGCCGGACUCUCCUCUUAAUCGACUACAAGAGGACAUGCAAUAUAUGGCUAUGAGACAACAACCCAUGCAGCAGAAACAGAGGUAUAAGCCUAUGCAGAAAGUGGAUGGAGUUGCAGAUGGCUUCACAGGAAGUGGUCAACAGACAGGCACAUCUGUUGAACAAACUGUAAUUGCCCAAAGUCAACAUCAUCAACAGUUUUUAGAUGCAUCUCGAGUACUUCCAGAGUUUGGAGAAGUUGAAAUAUCUUCUCUACCAGAUGGUACUACCUUUGAGGACAUCAAAUCACUGCAAAGUCUUUAUCGAGAGCACUGUGAGGCAAUACUGGAUGUGGUUGUGAAUCUUCAGUUCAGCCUGAUAGAAAAAUUGUGGCAAACUUUCUGGCGCUAUUCUCCCUCUGCUCCAUCUGAUGGCACUACUAUUACUGAACCAAGCAAUCUGAGUGAAAUAGAAAGUCGACUUCCAAAAGCAAAGCUGAUUACUCUGUGCAAGAAUGAGUCUAUUCUGAAAUGGAUGUGUAACUGUGACCAUGUGAUGUACCAGGCUUUGGUGGAGAUUCUCAUUCCUGAUGUCCUUAGACCUAUUCCUAGUGCCUUGACCCAAGCCAUUCGCAAUUUUGCAAAAAGCCUUGAAGGCUGGCUUUCAAAUGCCAUGAACAAUAUUCCACAGAGGAUGAUACAAACCAAGGUUGCCGCUGUAAGUGCCUUUGCCCAGACUCUGCGAAGAUACACAUCUCUUAAUCACCUGGCUCAAGCAGCUCGAGCUGUGCUUCAAAAUACUUCUCAAAUCAACCAGAUGCUCAAUGAUCUUAACCGUGUUGAUUUUGCCAAUGUUCAGGAGCAGGCUUCCUGGGUGUGCCAGUGUGAUGACAACAUGGUUCAGAGACUAGAAACAGAUUUCAAGAUGACUCUUCAACAGCAGAGCACUCUGGAGCAGUGGGCUGCCUGGCUUGAUAAUGUAAUGAUGCAAGCAUUGAAACCAUAUGAAGGAAGACCCAGCUUUCCUAAAGCAGCACGGCAAUUUCUGUUAAAAUGGUCUUUCUACAGCUCAAUGGUGAUUCGAGAUUUAACCUUGCGCAGUGCUGCUAGCUUUGGCUCUUUCCAUCUGAUCCGCUUGCUUUACGAUGAAUACAUGUUUUACUUAGUAGAGCAUCGUGUUGCUCAGGCAACAGGAGAGACACCUAUUGCAGUUAUGGGAGAGUUUGGUGAUUUAAAUGCUGUGUCCCCUGGAAAUAUGGAUAAAGAUGAGGGCAGCGAAGUUGAAAGUGAAAUAGAUGAAGAGAUGGAUGAAAAUGGAGAGCCACCAGCCAAGAGGGAGAAAACAGAGCUAAACCAGGCGUUCCAGGUGGGCUGCAUGCAGCCAGUGCUUGACAGUGGAGUACAGCAGAACCUCAUGAACCCAAUUCAUAAUGAGCACAUUGUUGCAACUACUCAGACUAUCAGACAAUGCAGUGCUACUGGAAAUACAUACACUGCAGUCUAAUAUGAAACCUCCCACCACUGACACACACCCCAUUAUGUUAGCCCUUUGGGUUUAAUA